AUGGGUAUAAAGGGGUUAUGGACCGUAUUAGGUCCAUAUUCUGAGAAGAUAUCAUUACACGAAAUUAGUGGUCAAACUGUUGCUAUAGACUUAGCUGGAUGGGUUUGCGACAGUCAAAAUGUUACUGAUUAUUACAUUCAGCCUAAGCUAUAUCUAAGAAAUCUAUUCUUCCGAACUCUUUACUUAGUGCUAAGUGAUGUAAAUCCUAUAUUUGUGCUUGAGGGUGAUGCUCCAGAACUAAAGAGAGAUGUUAUGGCUGCUAGAAAUACACUGCAGUUUAAAGGUGCAGCCCCUAAAGCUACAACAGAGAAAAAAAAACAAACUAACAUAACAAGAUCAAGGUUCAAAGGGGUGUUAAAGGAGUUAGUAGAUGCUGUUGUAUCCCAAGAUUCUGACUGCUUUGCAUAUGGAGCUAAGAAAGUGUAUCGCAACUUCAGUGUGUCAAAUGCAGGUGGGGGAGGAGCCACACAGGGCUCAGUGGAUGUCUAUGAUGCUGUCAAGAUGUUUAAUAAUAAUGGGUUUGGACGUAAUAAGAUGGUUGCGUUAGCGUUGCUCUGUGGUUCUGACUAUGGACUUGGUGCCUGCGGGUCAUCUAAAACAACAGUUGUUUCUUUUCUCCACACUGUCUCAGAAGAUCAAGUUAUAUCAAGGUUAUUAUCGUGGGUGAGUGAUCCACAACAUUACGAGCAGCAGUCCCGAUGGGUGUCGGUCCCAGGUCGUUGUGACCGCUGCGGGCACGCGGGCCGAACUCACCUCAAGAAAGGCUGUGCUACAUGCGCUACUCACCAAGGAUGUAACGAUACUGGACAUAAAUCGAAAUUAUGUGAUGUAAAACGUGAACUAUCGCUCCGCAAUAAAGCCUUGUCGUCCGGCAUACCGUUUCCGGAGCCGAAAGUUAUGAAGGAAUUCCUGAAUAGUACACCAGAAGAUAUAGAUCUAGACAGACUGAAGAUUCCUAAACCUAGUUUAAUACAAUUUGUGAAAAUCAUGUCAUACAAAUUGGAUUGGCCGCAGCGGUAUUGCGUUGAGAAGUUUUUGCCUUUAUUAACAAAAUGGCAUCUCCAGGAUAAUGUUCCAUCUAGGACACUACGACCGCUUGAAAUCAGAAAGAAAAGACAUCCGAAAGGUGUACCGAGUUAUGAAGUUGUAUGGGGCGAUAUUGAUGGACACUACGAAGGCCUAAUACCUGACGAACAGUUGGAAGAGGAAGAAGAUAUUUCAGUUCCAUGGGUGACGAUCGAGAGGCAAGAUUUAAUGUUAAAAUAUUAUCCCGAUAUUGUGAAGAAGUACGAAGAGUCUAUAAAGAAGCCACCCAAAGAAAAGAAAACAAGGGGCAGGAAAAAGAAGGAGGAAAAUGAAAAUUCUGAAGAAGUUCACAAGACAAAGAGGAAAUAUACUAGAAAACCAAAACCAAUUACAGACUUUAUGAUUACCCUCAAUAGGUCUAUGAAAAAUUUAAGUCUGACUAAGAAAGAUACAGAACUGAAUUCCAGUAAAGUGAGUGUUAAUGUAAAUAAACUGAAAAGAAAAAUCAAAAAUAACGGGAAAGUGAACACAAAAAAUACUAUCGAAAGUUAUUUGAAACCAUGCAAAAAGAAAAAAUCGUCAAGUAUGAUGAGAAGUAUAAAUAGAAGUCGAAAUGUGUCUAAGUCAUUUAAAGUUAAUUUAGAAAAUAAAGAAAAUAUGGAACCAAAAAAGCAUUUAUUGAGUAUGUUCAAUGAUAGUACAAGCGAUGUAGAGGCAAACGAUUUAUCGGAUAUUGUAGAAAAAAUAGUAUCAAGAUCGGCUCCUUCAACUAAAGCGAAAGUGGACAGCAAUUUCGUGAAACUAAUAUUCGAGAAUAAACUCGACAGGAAAUCGAUUCUGACGCGAAGAUUUGAUCAAAACAAUUGUUCGACUCCUAUAAGCAGUCCGAUAAGGAAAAGUCGUAAUCGAAGAAAGACUUCUAAAACAUCAAUAUCGGAAGCAGUAGACACCAGCUAUUUCUUUGAUAAAUUAACAGAAGAACGAGAUGCUUUUGAAUUGUCUCUGGAAUUCUUUCAGAACUUGGACAGCUUACCCAAAGUGGAAUUAUAG